UAUCGGUCUGCUCAGCCACCCGCACCUCUUCUCUCUCACAAAACUCUUACCUCUUCGCACUAUUUCUCACUCACAUACACAAUAAUAGCUCUCUAUCUCUUUCUGUCUGCGUUCCUAAAUUACCCGCCAAAAAGGUCUCUUGGAAUAUAUCCACUGGAACGGCGUCGUCUUGGGCUUUUCCUCUCUAAACAAUGGAUCAGACGGCGGGUGUUGAACCAAUGGAAUUAACCGAAGCGUCGGCGGUUUUGACUGGGGACAACGGGAUGAUUGAGGACGGCGGGGGAGACGGGGAUUUGGGGUCCCGGUCGACCAAGAGGGCCAAGAUUGAGCCUGGUCCGGGCCUCGAGCUGAAGAGAGUGGCGGAGAUCGUACUUGUGCUCUCCACGAUGGCGAGGAUGCGAGGCGGGAAGAGCCCCACCGAGGCUGAGGUGGAUUUGAUGGCGGAGGCCAGGGCCAAGCUGGUGGAGGCUUGUGCGGCCUUGGCGCCCAAGGAUGUGGUGGGUAGGGAAGCGAUUGGGACUGUCAUUGAGGAUUUGGGGCUUAAUGGGAAGGUGAAGGAUCAAAGGCUAGGGUUUCGAGCUCCCAAAUUGACGAUCAAGGAGAAGCUUGACAAUGCCAAGAGAAAGAUGGAUGAGUCUAAGAAUUUUGCUGCUCAUACUUCUACAUAUACUUCUCACCCCGUGCAACCAAGCUCUAGUACAUUACCUGAAAACCGUGGGGCAUCACAUACUCUGCGGAGUUUUCCAUCAGAUAAACCAAGUCAUCCGGCAAUUUCUUCAGGAGGCAUCUCAGCUUCACCUUUAGGUCAUGCUUCUGCAACAACAACUUCUGCAUCCCUACAGUAUCAAAUGCCCACCAACGAAGUUAGACCAGCUAUGAUGUCUAGAGGAUCAUCUAGCAGUCAUUUAGGAAGAGAUCCUACUUCCGUACCAUUACCUAAAGUUGAAAGAGUACAGUUCAAAUUGGAUGGAGGAUCAAAUGGGUCUUCUUUUGCAUCACAAUUACCAGCAAAUUCUUCCACAAAUCAUUCACUGGUGAAUGCGCCUACAUGGUCCAUACAAACCCAAUCUGCCUCUACGGCUAAAAGUGGACAAGAAUACAAGGUUCCAAAUCACACUUAUGCAAAGGUUGAGGGAACUGUCGAUGUGAGUAUGUCACGAGUUGCUCCUCAAGCAGCAAGAGAUCAGAGCUUUAGGUCAUUUAUAACACAAACAGCACCUGGGAAUUCACCUACCAUGCAUCCGCCUUUGCAGGGCAUGAGCUUUGUCCAAGGCCCUUCAACUGGUAAUAAUCACAAUGAAGUUGCUAAGCUUGUUCAGAAGUUAUUACAGCCACAGCGUCCUGAACAUCCUAAAUGGACUCCUCCGUCGAGGGAUUACAUGAACAAGGCAAUAACAUGCCAAACGUGCCAGCUAACAAUCAAUGAGGUGGAUAAUGUACUUCUCUGUGAUGCUUGUGAGAAAGGAUAUCACUUAAAGUGUCUGCAGCCUAAUCAAAAAGGAAUUCCCAGAGGUGAAUGGCAUUGCAUGAGGUGCUUGGCAUUAACCCAAGGGAAACCUUUGCCCCCAAAAUAUGGUCGCGUCAUGAGAAGUAGUACAAAUCAACCAAACGUAACUUCUGACAUGGCCAUAAAGGUGUCAUCUUCAGAGAAGAAAGUGGGAACUGUAGAUCCAAAGGUCAAUCAGCAAAAGAUGGCAGCAAAUGGAAGCUCCGGUCUACAGAGUCCUGCACAUACUGGUACUACAGGCACCAAUCAUGCUGAGUCGGCAUCUGAUGUAAAGAUUCCCAAUGCUAGAGAAACUCAUGGAAAUAACAUUGCAUCCAAAAGUACAAUUGUGGAUGAAAAACCUUUUUCUGAAGUGCCCCCAAAUAUCCCAUUGACAGUCUUUGGGGCAGCCUGUGUUUCUCCUUCUGUUGGCGCACCAAGCGUAAAUUCUUCUCAACAGAUCAAGGAUUGUGAAUUAUCUACACGUGAAGAGAGAUCCUUAGAAGAAAAAACAGAGCCUCCUGCUAAAUCUGACCAUCCCCAACCCUUGCACAACUCACAAGUUGUUGACUGGACAUUCCCGUUGAACUGUGCUGAGGUUCCAUCAAAGUAUUGUUCUGACAGUGAUCUCACUAUCAAAGAACCAGAAAGUUCUCAAAUCAGACAAAAUAGUGGGCAUACUUCUGGAGAUGAUACCAAGCAAUAUGACCAACUUGUUGCACAGGCAAAUCCUUCUGGAGCUUUGCCAAAUUUUAGUGGGGCUAGUGAACAUUCGGGAUCUCCUUCGGACGGUUUGCAUGGUGUUGAAUGGAUUGGCAAUGUUGUGCAUGUUUUAGACGGGAAAUCAUUCUACCAGUCUUGUAGGGUCAGUGGAGUAAUUUACAAACUGCAGGAUCAUGCUCUUUUUCGUUCCAAUCAUGGCGAACUGAUUCCCUCCAAGCUUCAGUCCAUGUGGGAGGAUAGCAGAACUGGAUCAAAGUGGGUUAUUGUCACAAGAUGCUACUUUCCUGGUGACUUGCCUGAGAAUGUUGGACGCCCCUGUAGCCCUGAGAGCAAUGAGGUAUAUGAAUCAAACCAUGAAAGCACGAUAAUGGCUGGUUUAAUCCAAGGCCCGUGUGAAGUUCUCCCUCCUAUUAUGUUUAGUGAAGAAAGAGAAAGAAGAAGUCAGGCAGGAAUGGAUGCAAAAAUUGGAUUACAGCCAGUUUUCUUGUGCAAAUGGUUUUAUGAUGAGUUUAAAGGGGUGUUUCAACCGGUUCCCAGUUAAUCUCGUCAUGCACAUAUUUCGGCGAUGGAUGUGGUCUAGGUUGUUGCACCUUUUUGGUGCUCUCUUUAAUCAGGUAGGCUAUAGCGCUUGGGGCAUUCAGAGUAAGGAAGUUCCAAUAUUCAUUCCUGUACAAUAUGUAGCUGUGAUUUUAGUCUGUAUUAUCUCAAAUAGCAAUCCAAUUUGUAUUUUUUUUUUUUGGCCUCUUUGUUUUCUCGUGCUCAUUAUUGACAUUUUCUCUCCCCCUAAAAAAAAAUGUUUUGGUGUAAUUUGAUUACUUCUACUGGUACUCUAUACAUAAGGAGCAGGGAAUCGAAGUGGGAAUGUGUGCAAAAAUCUAUUAUAGCUCA